AUGAGCAUUAUUUAAAAAAAAAAAAAAAGUAAUGGCCCAAAAUCUAGAAGGGAGCAAAGAAGAAGAAAAUUAAAACGCCGUCGCGGCAAUACUCUGAACGUCUGUCGUCGCCAAACACCUCCCGGAGCAAAAGAUCUUGUCGACGGAAGAUGGAUAUAAUAUCACAGUUGCAAGAACAAGUGAACUCGAUAGCUGCAAUCACUUUCAAUGUUUUCGGUACACUCCAACGAGAUGCUCCUCCCGUCCAGCUUUCUCCUAAUUACCCUGAUCCUCCACCCUCUGCUCCUACUACUGAUGAACCUAAGCAGCUCAGUGCCGAUCUAGUCAAGGCUGCUAAACAGUUUGAUGCUUUGGUUGGAGCACUUCCUUUAUCAGAUGGAGGUGAAGAAGCCCAGCUCAAAAUAAUUGCACAACUCCAGAUGGAGAACCAUGUUAUUGGCCAAGAACUCCAUAAGCUAGAGGCUGCAGAGAAGGAGCUUAAGCAAGUUCAGGAGCUAUUUGGACAAGCAGCUGACAAUUGCCUCAACUUGAAGUAACCCGAAUGAAUUUCUUAUCCUAGCUGAUCCAUACACUAUAUGACUUGGUUCAGGAACAAUUAUGUAUUAGGUUCAGAAGUAAUAGAAGUUGUGCUUUGAUUCAUUACAAAUUGUUGUAGAUGUACAAGAAUGUUAGGUAGCUCUAAAGUCACAACAACGACAUCAUAAUUUUAACACUA